AUGUCUUUACCAGCUACUUUUGAUUUGACCACAGAAGAUGCCCAAUUAUUAUUGGCUGCUAACGUUCACUUAGGUGCUAAGAACGUUCAAGUUCACCAAGAACCAUACGUUCACAAUACUAGAGCCGACGGUGUUAACGUUAUCAACAUUAACAAAACUUGGGAAAAAAUUGUUUUGGCUGCCAGAAUCAUUGCUGCCAUUCCAAAUGCUGAAGAUGUUGUUGCCAUUUCCACCAGAACUUUCGGACAAAGAGCUGUCUUGAAGUUUGCUGCUCACACCGGUGCUACUGCUAUUGCUGGUAGAUUUACUCCAGGUUCUUUCACUAACUACAUCACCCGUUCUUUCAAGGAACCAAGAUUGGUUAUUGUUACUGAUCCAAGAUCUGAUGCUCAAGCUAUCAAGGAAUCUUCCUACGUUAACAUUCCAGUUAUUGCAUUGUCUGAUUUGGACUCUCCAUCUGAAUUUGUUGAUGUUGCUAUCCCAUGUAACAAUAGAGGUAAGAACUCUAUCGGUUUAAUUUGGUAUUUAUUGGCCAGAGAAGUUUUGAGAUUAAGAGGUUCCUUAGUUGACAGAACUCAACCAUGGUCUAUCAUGCCAGAUUUGUACUUCUACAGAAACCCAGAAGAAGCCGACCAACAACUUACUGCUGAAGAAGCCGAAGUCGUUGAAGGUGCUGAAGAAGCUGAAGCCGAAGAAGUUGCUGUCGCUGCUGAACAAACCGAAGCUUCUGACUGGGCUGAAAAUGCCACUGAAGAAGUUGCUGCUUGGUAA